AUGUGGCCCAAUCCCAAGACUGCCUACCUCCUGCUCACAGGCUAUGGCCUAAUGAGCAGUGCCUCGCCCAUCGAGGGUGAGGGACUCCUGGAAGAGCGCCAGUCCUGUCCCAGCAUCCACAUCUUCGGAGCACGCGAGACCACGGCAAGCCCCGGAUACGGCAGCUCGGCAUCCGUCGUGAACGCGGUUCUCUCAGCCUACCCGGGCUCUACGGCCGAGGCUAUCAACUAUCCUGCCUGUGGUGGGCAGGCCUCAUGCGGCGGAGCCAGCUACUCGAGCUCCGUCCAGCAGGGUAUCGCGGCCGCGGCGAGUGCGGUCAACAGCUUCUACACACGGUGCCCCAACACUCAGAUCGUGCUGGCUGGGUACUCUCAGGGUGCAGAAAUAUUUGACGUGGCCUUCUGCGGAGGUGGCGACCCGAACCAGGGAUACACGAACACUGCGGUACAGUUCUCUGCUGGCGCGGUCGGGCAGGUCAAAGCAGCAAUUUUGAUGGGAGCCCCGACCAAUAAUGGCUACGGCUCUGAGUACGGAUCCCAAGCCCUUGCUUUUGUCAAGAGCAAGCUCAGCAGCAGCGGUGGUGGUUCCUCUGGCACCACAACUUCCGCCCCAGCGACAACACCGACUGCCCCAGGCGGUGGAACAAACUGUGCCUCCCUGUACGGCCAAUGUGGUGGUCAGGGGUGGUCUGGCGCGACCUGCUGCUCUUCAGGAACCUGCAAGGCUGCUAACAGCUACUACUCUCAAUGCCUGUAA